UGUCUCCAGGGGACCCCAACGUGAGCAGCAGGGGCAGGCGGCCCGGCGGGAGCAGCAGUGUGUCUGCGCAGCGCGGUCUCCACGACUGAAUCUCCGGCUCGGGACAGCGCAGAGGUGGCAGAGGUGGCGGCGGCGGCGGCCACAGCCACAGGUCCCGUGCCAAGGGUUGGCCGCGUGUCGCAGACAUGGCCCUACAGCGCAUCCACAAGGAACUCCUCAGUUUGACCCACGACCCCCCAGCCCAAUGCUCUGCAGGGCCGGUGGGUAAUGAUUUGUUCCAAUGGCAGGCAACUAUAAUGGGGCCCGAAGACAGCCCCUACCAGGGAGGGGUCUUCUUCCUAAAAAUCCAGUUGCCGUUCGAUUACCCCUUCAGACCACCCAAGAUCUCAUUCACCACCCGAAUUUACCAUCCCAACAUUAACCUGAACGGAAGUAUCUGUCUAGACAUCCUUGGAUCCGAGUGGUCACCGGUACUGACCAUUUCCAAAGUGUUGUUAUCCAUCUGUUCCAUGUUGUGCGAUCCCAACCCACAUGAUCCACUGGUUCCCGAAAUUGCGAAGGUGUACUUAAAGGAUCGGCAGAAGUACAACAAAACAGCGCGGGAAUGGACUCAAAGAUAUGCUAUGUGAUUUUAAAAUGCAUGGUAAUCCCAUGGUCUAAUAAAGAUAGUUCAAUAA